CAGUCGUAGUCGAGCUUUCGCGGCGGCGGUUUGGUUCUCGUUCUGCCAGGUCGCGCGGGUAGUUGGCGGACCCGCGGGCGCUUCGCCGAUCGCGAUCAUUUUUUGUGUUUGUGUGUGUGUUUGUGGACAAGAUAUACACAUAAAUUAUUCUUCACACAUAUGUGAGCGCGGCGCGAAUUAUAACAAUGAAAAGCUAGAAACACGCUUGACCAUCGUGCAUAACAGAAAGGAAAAAAAUGCUCAACGCAAACUAAUCGCAGUUGGCUUGUUUAUGUUCGGAUUAGCGAGGGCCGGUUUUUUCGAAAUUUAUUUAGAGAAUGGUGAUACCUUUUUUUUGGUGACAGCAAAGCAAGCCAUAGUAACUAUUGAGCGGUGUUGUCUGUGAGUGUAAUUUGCUCUUGAAGUAGGCUGCGCGAGCAUCGUGGAAGUUGAACAUACCAAAGAUCAAUCAAGUUCAAUUAAACUGAAUUCGCUCUGCCAACAACAAUAACUGCACCUCAAGCCAAAGCAUCCUAAAACAAGAAGCUGCACCAGAUCCGCGGAGCUGACGACGCUAAUGUUGAUGAAUACAAUUACCGUUGAUUGCAGUGUUUUUGCCGCCAUGUGUGAAUAGGGUUCCCAGAACCCGGUCAAGUUUAAAAAAGUUUAAACCAGUUUAUACGUAAGCAAAAAAAAAAUCAAGUGCCAAUUUGUGUGUUUGUGGGGUGUCCAUGUAAAAUGAAACCAUUUUAAGCAACGCCGGUAUAAAUUACCAUCAAAAGAGAAUAAAAUUCAACUCAAAUAAGAAGAAUUCCGUCGAAGCAAGCGGGGAACGUGACCAGAAAAAAAAGUAAUGGAAGUGUUGUCCCGUGGCCAGGAUGAGCCGACGACCCGGCGAAAUUCCACCGGAACCCGCUCGGCCGGGUUGUUCUGUUCCGGCGACGAUAACGCCAUCCAGUUUGCCAUCACGGCCAGCAGUGUGAUGCAGCAGAACGAGACGGUGUUCAGUCACUGCGUGGCCGAGGCGGCCGGAACGUCCAGCGGAAGUGGCGGCACCGAGGUGAACCAGCUCGUCAUGAGGAACGCCGACUGCGAGAUGAAGCUGAGCGCGAAGCCGGACGGAUUUGCGGUUAUGGUGGAGUCCCCGAACAACCGCGUCCGGGUGGCACUCGGUGUCCUCAUCCGGCUGCUCCUCCCCCUCUCCCACGGGCUGGUCCGCGGCUGGAACGGCCUGCGGGGCUUCCGAAUGCUGCAGCUGUUUCGCAAAGUGCGCGAAAGUCGCGGCCUACUGACGACACUGUUUGCGUUCGCCGCCAACACCGUUUCGAUGAGCCUGUCCUCGGUUCAAGUGGCCCACCGGAUCGAUCCACUGUUGAGAGUCAUCAAGCUGCGCAAGGACUCCGGGACCAACGGAGGACGGAAUGCGAUCGAGGUCGGAAAGCAGUCACUAGCCGCGAGACGGGGUAGCAAGAGCAAACCGGGAUUGGAGGGACUACCGGAGAAGUGUGUCGAGUUGGUAGUGUUGGCCGAACCUCCCCCAGGUGUACCGAUCCGGGCGGACGUGGUGUUGAUCCAUGGACUACAUGGGUCGUUGGUGAACACGUGGAAGCAGGGUCUGUGGAACAGCGAAGGCAAGCUGGAACACUUUGAGCGACCUCCGAAGCCUCCGAUACGGCCUCCGAAGCGUCAGCGGCACUCACGAGCGAAUCUGUUUGCCCCACCGCACGAGUCCAAGAAGUUGAAGGUCGAGCAGCAACGCUCGUUUGAUUACAGUGACAGUGAGGAUGAGUACGAUGAUGUCGACGGGCCUGAAGAGAUGCAGCAGACUACAUCGUACAAGAUCGCCAAACGGCGGUACACGUACGAGUGCGGAGAACCGGACGAGGUUCACUUCUCGGACGAUAUGGAGUACAGCUUUCCGACGUUCCGUCUGAGGAUCGAGGACGAAGGAACCAGCCGAAUCGCUGCCCAGGGUUUCACGGAGAAGCGCCACCUCGGCAAACGGAAGCCCAAGAUACGGAAGGAUGACUCGUGGUCACCUUGCUGGCCCGGAGAUUGGCUUCCGCUGGACUGUCCCGGCGUGCGGGUCAUCUCGAUCAACUACACCACCGAUCCGUACCUGUGGCGACCGGUGUGGAUCACCAAGCGGAAUCGCUCCAACCUCGUUGAUCGCGCCCGCGAAAUGGCCGACAUGUUGAUCGCGAAGGGCGUUGGCAAGGGUCAUCCGAUCGUGUGGGUUGGCCACUCGAAGGGAGGCAUCUUUAUCAAGCAGAUCAUCGUGGACGCUUGGGAGAGUGGCCGACCGGCGGCGGAACCGCUGUGGCGCUCGUCCCGAGGCACCCUGUUCUACUCGGUCCCGCACAGGGGUUCUCCGCUGGCGGAUUUUAACCUGCCCCUGUUGCGCCAGUCCGUCGAGCUGACCGAGAUUCAGAAGAAUUGUGCCAGCAUCCUGGAGCUUCACCGCCGCUUCGUGGCACUGUACCGCGGUGGCCACCUCAAGAUCGACGUGUUCAGCUUCGUGGAGACGGCGUUGACGUUGAUGUCCGUACUGUAUUUGCGCAUCGUUGGAAUCGAUUCAGCUGACCCGGGAAUCGGUGAAGUGUGUGGCGUCCACCUGGACCAUCGGGAGAUUUGCAAACCGCGCAGCCGCAACUGCAUCCUCUACACCGAGCUGGUCAAGAUGAUCAAAAAGGUCAGCUGAAGCGUGACGUGACGUGGCGCAACGUUUAGGGAUAUAUUUGUUUUAAAAUAUUUUCAACUUGGUGAGUUUCGGAUUUUUUUAACAAAACGGAGAGUUGAGGAGUUUUUACCUAUUAAUCUUUGGUUACAAAACAAGCAAGAGUGGCGACGGCGCGAGGGAUUGCACCUGGUACAAGUAGGAUAUUUGCACACAGAAACGACUAGUUUUUUUGUUAAUCGAAGACUUGGAGUUACCAUAAACCAUUCAACAGAAGUUUAAAAAAAGACAAACCGAAUAAAGCAAUAUUAUGUUUUCAAAAGACGGGUAAGCAGAUGGUGUGGGAGUUUACGAAACAGUGUCGCUACCGCUACAGUACCUUUGAUUUGUAACUGACCCGUGGAAAGGGUUUUCUUGUAUAUUUAUUGUUUUUAGUUUUGUGAAAAACGAAUUGGGUCAUUUUAUGAUUUUAUACAGAAAAAUACGUAUUUGCAAAAAAACACACACACUUUUUUUUAUUGUUGAUGAAUGUGCAAGCAAAGCUAGAAAGGUUAGGUUUUCAAAUUAUAAAUAAUAUUAUGUUACACGCAGGAUAAGUAGUCAUUAGAAUUACGAAAACUAUGUUAAGCAAUGUGAUAAAUAGAGAUUAGAAACAGUUGAAUAAACCAGUUCGAGUUUAGAGAAACAGUU